AUGGUCCAACGCUUCGGACGGGAGCUCCAGCAGCUCGUGGAUGGGGUGGAUGUUGAGGCGAACCAACUCAUAAUUCUGAAUCUGGACCUGAGUGGUCAACUCUCCUGCCUGCUGCAGGUGGCGAAGGAUGAAUUUAAAGAGUUGUUGCGGGCUGCUGGGAGCAGGCUUGUGGUGGUGGAGUUCUCAGCAAGGUGGUGUGGCCCCUGCAAAAGGGUUGGUCCCAUUUUCCAGGCAAUGUCUUUAAAAUACCAAAACGUCACGUUUGCUAAUGUGGAUGUGGACUCAUCGAAGGAAUUGGCUCAACUUUGUCACAUCAAAGCCGUGCCCACAUUUCAGAUGUUCAAGCACACAAAAAAGAUCUAUGAAUUUCAUGGAGCUGAUGAACAAAAACUGGAAGCGAAGAUUCAAGAGCUCAUGUGAACUGCCACCCAAAACCAAACAUACCUGUGACGUUUUCUGAAGCCUCAGCAAGUGUUCUGUGUUUUGAUUUUCAGCAUGCCCUGUCACCUGCUUUCUCUCAGUCCCUCUCCUGAUGUCUCAUGGGAAGAACAGGGCAUGAUGGUCCUCACGAGACCUUGAAUGAAACCAUUGCAGUAGUGUAGAUGGAGGCCGCUCGUUUGUUUCCUGACUGCUCAGACACAGAAACUCUAUUAAUUACAACACUGCUUGGCCUAUUAGCUCAGGCUUCCUACUAACUAACUCUUAUAUCUUAAAUUAACCCAUUUUAUUAUUCUGUGUAUCGCCACGAGGCUGUGGCUUACCAGGUAAAAUACGGGCAUCUGACUCUGUCGGCAGCAAUAUGGCAUCUCCUUGACUCUCUCUCUAUCCUUCCAUCCUGGCUAUAUUCUGCCCUGCCAUAGGCCGAAUCAGCUUCUUUAUUAACCAAGGGUAAUAAAAACAUAUUCAUAGCAUACAGAGGGGCAUCCCACAUCACAGGAGAUAAUUGUGUUCCUUCCAUUUUCUUUAGUCAGCCUUGCUCUGGGCAUGAUCCAUGGGUGAUGUUUUCAUGACCGUUACAACAGAGCCCAUAUGAAGCUAAGUAAUAGUAGGUUACCAAGAUUUUCCAGAGAUAGCCACGGGUGCAGUUGUUUACAUGAUCAAAGUGCUUGGCCAUUCUUAUGUCAAUUUCAAGUGGGGUGGGGAGGCUUCAGUUUGUCCUGUUUUGUUUUGUGUGGGGACCAAGAAUCAAACUCAAGGCCUCACACAUGUGAAGCAAGCCCUCUCACCAUGGAACUGCAGUCACAGACUGCAGACCUGGAAGGACUGGGAAAUGAGUGGAAUUGGGGUGCGUGGUAUGAAAUUCACAAAGAAUCAGUGAAAAACAUGUUUAAAAAUGAGAAAACUGGAGCCAAAAAGUUAAAAAGGGCCAGAGAAAGAAACACGGCUUGGA